CUCCUUCUUCCUGUUCUCUGCUCUACUGCGCGGUUCGCACGUAACAUAUCACUGCUUUCGAAUCUAUAUCCUUACAAUGGCACAGACAUACCACAACGAUCUCCUUGCCCCCUACCUUGCUUUGCCCCAGGGCGAGAAAGUCCAAGCUGAAUAUGUAUGGAUUGAUGGCGAUGGCGGUCUUCGCUCAAAGACUACUACCGUGAGCAAAAAAGUUACCGACAUCGGCCAGCUCCGCAUCUGGGACUUCGAUGGUUCUUCAACAAACCAAGCACCUGGUAAUGACUCGGAUGUAUACCUUCGUCCCGCUGCCAUCUUCAAAGAUCCCUUCCGAGGUGGUGACAACAUCCUCGUUCUCGCCGAGACUUAUAACAAUGAUGGUACACCCAACCGGACCAACUACCGACACCACACCAACAAGGUCAUGGAGCUUGCCAAAGACACUGUCCCUUGGUUCGGUCUCGAACAGGAAUAUACCCUAUUCGACGCUGAUGGCACUCCUUAUGGCUGGCCCAAGGGUGGUUUCCCUGGUCCUCAGGGUCCAUAUUACUGCGGUGCCGGUACCGGCAAGGUCUUCGCUCGUGAUCUGAUCGAGGCGCAUUACCGUGCCUGUCUUUACUCUGGUGUCAACAUCAGUGGUAUCAAUGCUGAGGUCAUGCCCUCGCAGUGGGAGUUCCAAGUUGGUCCUUGUGAAGGUAUCUCGAUGGGAGACCAUCUUUGGAUGGCACGCUACCUCCUUGUCCGUAUUGCCGAGCAAUGGGGCGUCAAGGUCUCUUUCCACCCCAAGCCUUUGCAGGGUGACUGGAACGGUGCUGGUUGCCACACCAACUACAGCACCAAGGCGAUGCGAGAGCCUGGAGGAAUGAAGGCAAUUGAUGAGGCUAUUGAGAAGCUAUCUAAGAGGCACGACGAGCACAUUGCUGUGUACGGCGAGGACAACGACCUCCGUCUCACUGGUCGUCACGAGACCGGACAUAUCAACGCCUUUAAAUCUGGUGUUGCUGACCGUGGUGCAUCGAUCCGCGUGCCAAGGCACGUCGCUGCUCAAGGUUACGGCUACCUGGAAGACCGUCGCCCCGCAUCCAACAUUGACCCUUACCGCGUUACUGGCAUCAUUGUAGAGACCACGGUCCUUGACAAGUAAUUACCCUAGAGGAUUGUUAUUUUGUGUAUUAUUCGUUUUUUGUAGUCACGACCAGGAGGAAAUGGAAAGAAGUCACUAUCAUAAGAUAUCCUUUUUAGUAAAGUGACAAACA